ACAUAAAUCAUCCCCAAAAGGUCUCACCCAUGCACACACUUUUUCACCGUGCUUCUUCGUAGCUGACAUCCUCUCUGCACUCACUCCAUUACCUCCUUCAAUGGCCGGCGAAGAACUCAACCGUCCUCCAUCACUUCCUCCAUACGCAGAGAUGAUUUUCUCAGCGAUUGAUGCUCUGAAAGAGAAGGACGGUUCAAGCACAUCGUCGAUCUCAAACUACAUCGAAUCAACUUGCGGAAGCUUACCGGAAGAACACACAAAUAUCCUGGCGGAUCAGUUGAACAAACUCGUUGAAAACGGUGAGCUAGUGGUUUCAAAUAACAACUACAUGCGUCCGGACUCCGCCACACCAGCGAAACGCGGUCGCGGCCGUCCUCCGAAGGCUAAGGAUCCAUCCGCGGCGGAGACCGAGACUCCGGCUGCGGUGACGUCACCGGCAACAGCAGGUUCUGAAGUUAAGAGAGGCAGAGGACGCCCGAAGAAGGAUCCGAAUGCUCCACCGUCAGCAAAGAAAGUUAAGGCUGCGACGGUGCCAACGCCGCCGUCGAAAACCGGCCGGCCGAGGGGACGGCCGCGUAAGGUGCAGCCGGAGCCUGCCGGUGUUGAAGCUAAUUGAGUUUUGUGAGUUUAUGAGAUAACUGAGAAGAUGGAAAAAAGAAACGGUGUUAGAUGUGUUACUGGAUGUGGGAUUCUUAAGUUUAGAGUUGAGUACAAGUGUUGAUGUGUGAUGUACAAGUGGGUAGAGUGUUGUUGCUCUGGAUUUGGGAAUUUCGUAUCUGGAAAUAGAGUUACUUUUAACAAAAAAAAAGGCUCCGUGAGGGUGUCUUGUUAGUUUUAUUAUGUUAGUAGGUGGUUAUUGUAAUUUUUAGGUUCUAAUGAAGUAUGCAAGUGUGUGUUGUGUUGUAUCUACUUUUCAUGCUAAUUGUGAAGAAUGGAGAUCCGCAUUUCAUUUGUUGAGGUGUGUUUUCA